AUGUAUCUGAUCGGCAGCGGGGUCGACACGGAGCUAACGGGGGUCCGAGAUUCAAUCCCCCAAUGCACCAUUUCCCCUUAUGCUAAAUUUGUCAAGAUCGACUGGUGGCGAAAGAUCGCAGAAGAAGCUGGGAUCACUCUUAACAUCCUUGAGGAUUAUACAAUAUCAGAACCAGUAAUACUACAAAGAGAUGCUUCCGGAAAUUGGGAGACGGGCGGCAGCUGUGAGAAAAGGUAUAUCGAUUGUCCGGAGUGUAAGGACUGCUCAGAAGGGAUUGUUAGACAUGCUGGCCGUUGUGGUUUCCUGUCUGAGGAGGAGGAAGGCAGGUUCGCUGUCUGUAUAGUCCCGGAACAUGCAAUGUUUAAAGCAACUUCAACUGGUGAGAGAUAUAUGGACGGAAGACAUAAGAAAAAGUUAAUUAUGAGGGCCAUUAAAUUGAUCAAAGUGCUCAGAUGUCAUGUGGCAGAUCAAGUGAGAGCCUUAUCCAACACUACUGGAUUGAAGAUGGAAGAGGUGAUUAUGACUAUGACGAGGAUGGGCGAGGUCAGGAGAGAGUUUGCAGCCGCUAAUCUAUGCUUCCUGCUAGAUAGUACCAUGAACGGGGCGCUCGUCCAAAAGUCUCCAGUCCCGGUUACUAUUUUGCAGGGUUCGACUUGGAGACACAGCGGCUCGACCGAGAACCCAGGGAUGAUCAGCGAAAUUACGGGAGUGGCACCUGUAGGCACGGUAACGGAUUACACCUUCCACGAACGCAGGACAGGGGAUCCAGUGCCUGAGGCCGACGGCGGGAGCGAUCUCAAAGCGGGCACAGACUCUAACGCCGUUUCUGGAGACUCAGUAACUGUACCAACACUUAACGGGGUCAAAUGGGCUGCAUGAACAGAAGCUGCGGGAUCUGUACGCGACACUUGAGAAGGCACGAACGGUAUACUACGUGCACCAAGUGGCGAUCGAUCAAAUAUAUAAUAGGGCAGCAGAGGACAAGGUGACAGGCAGGGACCUGGACUCUCUUAUUGACGAUUGAGAUUUAGGCGAUAUACGGGGGGUGUAAAAAAAAGGUGGAGGCAAAGCGAGGGAGCGUUGAGAUGGAAGCGGAAAGAUCGCUGCUCGAUGUAGAGUGGUCUGCGGCUUAGUGCAGUAGAGUUUCUCCGAGGCGAUCUGGGCGGCAUGAAACCACUAGGGAAAUUCAGUUUUAGAAUCGGAGUGUGCAUAGCACAUCAACGCAGCCAUGGCUGCGUUGAUGUGCUGUGCAGAUUUGUGAUUUGGUACAUGUUCUGGUGCUACUCCCAAGGGGUGGUGCCUUGGGAGCGAUCGUGCGUUUGAUACGACACAAAACGCCGUGUUGGCAUGCUUUAAUCGCAAAAAAGUACGAAUCAAUUUGCGAUUGGUGAUUUCCGGAGUCUUCACUGGAAGACUCUGGAAAUCACAAAUCGCAACAGAUGGUCUUUGAAGUUUUUAGGGUUGGCCACAGCCCAUGCCGUAAAAUGCGCGUAGUAGAUGGUGCGGCGCACAGAUACUUGUCGGA